AAUUGAUAGACGAAAAGAGGAGCGGGCGGUGGAGUAAGUAUUGUUUUUGUGUUGGAAUCCCAAAUUCAUUUCUUCACUUUCUCCUUCUCAACUCUUCUUCUAUUCUGAUUCUGAUUUGUCACACACACACGCAGAAAGGUUGAAAGUAGAGGGACUUGAUUCAGUGGAGGUGGAGAGAGAUGGCUAACAACGCAGCUGCUUGUGCUGAGAGAGCAACUAGUGACAUGCUCAUUGGUCCUGACUGGGCAAUCAACAUAGAGUUGUGUGAUAUCAUUAAUAUGGACCCUGGGCAAGCAAAGGAUGCUUUGAAGAUACUCAAGAAGCGUUUGGCCAGUAAAAAUCCAAAAAUACAGCUUCUGGCUCUUUUUGUAUUGGAGACUCUUAGUAAGAAUUGUGGUGAAAGUGUAUUUCAGCAGAUCAUUGAGCGGGAUAUCUUACAUGAAAUGGUUAAGAUAGUGAAGAAGAAGCCGGAUUUAAAUGUGAGGGAAAAGAUACUGAUUUUAAUUGAUACAUGGCAAGAAGCUUUUGGGGGGCCAACUGGAGUUUAUCCUCAAUACUAUGCAGCAUAUAAUGAAUUGAAGUCUGCUGGAGUUGAAUUUCCACCACGAGAUGAGAAUAGUGUACCAUUCUUCACUCCCGCUCAAACUCAGCCAAUUAUUCAUUCUGCUGCAGAAUAUGAUGAUGCUACUAUUCAGGCUUCUCUUCAGUCAGAUGCAUCUGACCUUAGUUUGCUAGAGAUUCAAAAUGCUCAAGGACUAGCUGAUGUAUUGAUGGAAAUGCUUAGCGCCUUGAGUCCUAAGACCUAUGGUUUGAGCUUUGAAAUUGCUGUAUUUCUGUAUCCAUCUUUUCAUAUUCUGCUAGUUGUUGUGUGGUACUAUGGAAUUCUUGAUCUGGAAUCCAUCCAAUUUAGCAAAUUGAAGUAA